AUGUAUGUCCCGUCUUCCGUCAGAUUCCGCCUCAUCCAGUGGAUGCACGCAGCUAAAUUCUCGGCCCAUCCUGGAGUGAGCAGAACCAUCGCCCUCAUAAACAGGCGAUUUUGGUGGCCGUCUCUACAGAAAGACGUCAAAGAGUACGUUCUGGCUUGUCCCAUCUGCGCUAGAAGCAAGACCUCCCACCAACCACCUUCUGGUCUGCUGCAUCCUCUACCUGUUCCAACCCGUCCCUGGUCACAUAUUGCUGUCGAUUUUGUCACUGGUCUCCCGAUUUCUAGAGUUUCCAUAGGGUAUCAGCCUCCACUCUUCCCCGCAGACGAGAGAGAGAUAACUGUCAGAUCAGUUCAACAUCACAUCCGCCGCUGCCAACGUAUUUGGAGGGAUACCAUCACCACCCUCACCCGCUCGUCAGCCUCAACCAAAAAGUUCGCUGACUCCAAGAGACGUCCCGCCCCUGACUACACUCCAGGCCAAGAGGUUUGGUUAUCGACCCGAGACAUUCCCCUGAAGGCUAUGUCCAGGAAACAUUCACCCAGGUUCAUCGGUCCAUACAAAAUCGAUCGCAUAAUUAACCCCUCUGCUGUCCGCCUGCACCUGCAACCUUCUCUGCGCAUCCACCCGACAUUCCAUGUUUCCCAGAUAAAGCCUGUAGUCACUAGUUCUUUGUGCCCGCCUUCCGACUCCCCUCCACCCGCCCUGGACAUCGAUGGUCAUCCAGCUUACACGAGACUCUGGGAGGCCAUUCCAGAGUUGUGGGGCAACUGCCUGGAAGGCCCUAUCUCCCAUUGUGCAGAGCUUGACUCUUGGCUGGUGCAGUCGGUGGGUGGAGGUGGUGGAGCGGAGGGUUCUGGAGGCGGUGUGAGGAGUUCCUUGAGGGACCCCGACGAGGAGGGCAUUACAGUAGUCCAAUCUGGAGGAGACAAAGGCAUGGAUUCACUUUUCUGCGUCGGGUUGGGAAAGGGAGGGGCGGAGUUUGGCAAUGUUUCUGAGGUGGAGGAAAGAGACCUUGCAGAGGUGACGUAUGUGGGAGUCGAACGUGAGAUGUGGAUCCAAUGUGACACCAAGACUGACCAAUCCGGUGCGGCGGGGUGUGACGUCAGCGCUGCCAGCGUGGAACGUCGCUCGGUGGAUCCAGGAAGUAAACUGUCCGGUUCGAGGCUGCAGUGGUUCCGGUCCCAGACAUUCCGCAGCGGAACCCCGCAGAACCGGAACCGGAUCCGCUGCGUCCGGCGCCACGGAGCUGUCAGCUGCUGGCUUAGAGAACCCCCUCCCUCUCUGACGAUGGUUGACGCCACUCUGACUGAAGUGGGCAAGAACCUGAGUGAAGCCAUGAGGAUCCUUGGAGAUGAACAGACGGAGUCUGACGCUGGAGCUCCAAGCAGAAGGUUCAGUAGAACCAGCAUCCCUGGACCCCUGCAGGGAGACGGUCAGGAUGUUACCACCAUACUGCACCUUGUGCACCACCUGAUCCACGAAGACGAGGAUGAGGAGGGAGCGAAGGACACGCCCAGACAAGCCAGGAUGCAGAAUGUGGGGGAACAGGGCCACAUGGCCUUACUGGGUCACAGCCUGGCCGCCUACAUCUCAGUGCUGGACAGAGAGCGCCUCCUGAAGCUGACCACCAGGAUCCUGUCUGACACCACGCUGUGGCUCUGCAGGAUCUUCAGGUACGAGAACGGUUCCGCGUAUUUCCACGAAGAUGACCGAGACGGCCUGGUAAAGGUCUGCCGACUGGCCAUCAACGCCCAAUACGAGGAGUAUACGACUGAAGGAUAUGCCGUCUUAAGCUCCAGACAGCCGGUCAUCUACCACAGCGCCUCCUGCAGGCCCGGCCUGGGACAACACCUCUGCAGCCAGCUCGGCCUCCCCCUGUCCAGCCUGUGCCUGGUUCCAUGUAACACCAUCUUUGGAUCCCAGCAUCUAAUGGACGUCGCCCUGCUGGACAAACUGGUCAGAGAGGACAUAGAAGCCGGGAAGCUUCCUCUGCUGGUGGUCGCUAACGCAGGAACCCCUGGAGCGGGUCACACGGACAAACUGGGCCGCCUGAAGGAGCUGUGUGAGCAGCACAGGAUCUGGCUUCAUGUGGAGGGGGUCAACCUUGCCACGCUGGCUCUGCCUCAGGUCACCUCUGCUGUCAUGGCAGCCACCAGGAGCGACAGCAUGACGCUGACGCCGGGCCGAUGGCUCGGGCUGCCGGCGGUGACCGCUGUGACCCUGUACAGGCAUGAAGACCCGGCACAGUCUCUGGCAGCAGGUCUGACCUCCAGCCAGCCGGUGGAGAAGCUGCGGGCGCUGCCUCUCUGGCUUUCCCUGCAGCACCUCGGACACAACGGCAUCGUCCAGAAGAUCCGACAGGCGACAGAUCUGAGUCAGCAUCUCCUGUUGAAGCUGAAAAGUGUGGCCGGCAUCAGAAUCUCAGACGGGCCGGACGGUUCCGACGCAGAGAUCACUCUAACUGAGGCUUUGAAAAUGGUGGAGGAGGAGCCAAACUCGGCUGUGGUGCUGUUUAAGUUCUCCCCAGAGCUGGGUUCUGGAUCCAGCGGAGGAGCAGCGGAGGGUCUGUGUGCCGGAGAGAAGGAGGUCCUGGAUGCCUUCAACAGAUGGCUGGGAGAGCAGCUGGCUCAGCUAGCUCCCUCUAGUGGCGUGGAUGUGGUGGAGCUGGAAGAUGAAGGGACCUGUGUUCGUUUCAGCCCCCUCCUCACCGCUGCAGUGCUUGGAACCAAACUGGAGGAUGUGGACGAACUGGUGCAGAAGCUCCUGGAGCUGGUGCCUAUGAUGUCAUCAACCAUGACCCUGAGACAUGACUUCAGGGAGGAGACCCACCGCCACGCACCCCUUCUCACAUACAUAGAGGAGCUCAGCUGGCCCGGUCUGGGGGCGGUCCGGUAUGAAUCCCAGAUGGAAGGACUGGAUGAGAGCAGGAGGAAGGCGGAGCUUAAGAAGCUGAACGACGCGCUGCUGAGCCAACUCCAGGAGCUGGACGCAGACAUCUGCUUCUCCGCAGGCCCAGAGUUUGUGACGGAGGAGAACUGCAUCUUCGUAGGGAUGGUCAGCGAUGACGUGGACGUGUCGGAGCUGGUAGAGACCAUCUGUACGCUGGGAAGGGACGUGGAGGAGAGUGGACGGCUGAUGGAGAACAUGACGGAGCGGGUGAGGAAAGGCAUCCUGGAGGCGGAGCUGCAGCUGCAGAAGGCCAAUGAGGAGAAGCUCCUGGAGGAGGGAAUGCUGAGACAGCUCCCCCUGGUGGGCUCCGUGCUGAACUGGUUCUCCCCGCUGGAGAGCUCCAUCAAAGGGAGGAGCUUUAACCUGGCAGCAGGUUCUCUGGACUCCACCGACGUAACGUACUCCACCAAAGCCCAGGCCGGCAGGACGUCCCUGCAGGACACGCCCAGCCUCCCGUCGAAAAGAAACCCGGGUCAGAGGUUGUUUCGGCGUCCAGGUGUCGGAUCGGACUCCAUGAGCGAGACCAGCUCCAUCGGAGCAGCUGAGGAGGCCUCCAGGGGGGAGAGCAGCAUCACCCCCCCCUCCACGUCUCACCCUGAGACACUGGAUGUCUCCACAGGAGACGGGGCUCCGCCCACGCAGGAGGAGGGCGCCCUCCAUCCGUCCAGAACCAGCCGCCGGUCCAUCGUGUCCAACGUGUCCAACAUGUCCAACAUGUCGCCGUCCUCCCCUCCUCUGCCUCCACUCCUCCCUCCUGCCGCCGUGGCACUCAGGAGCAACAGGAGCUGUGAAGGCAGAGGAAGGAGGCCGUCCUCCCAUCCUGGGAUUACUCCCAUUUAUUUCUGUCCAGAGGUCAGAGGUCAGUCUGGGGCCUCCAGUAGCUCCGCCUCCUCUGUGUCCAACCCAGACAUUUUAUUGAUCCCACAAUGA